CCAUGGACGCGUAUCACCCGUCCGAUCAUCCGGAAACGCGUUGGUGCAAAGCAGGAGCCUCCGUAGCACAUGCUCUCGCUUCGAGCGGUUGCAAUCCAAACACCACGGCUACAAUCGGGUGCAGUAUGAACAUAGGGGCGUGUUCUUGUCUGUACACCGUCGGGUUCCGGUAGGAAUAACAGCCCUCUCGUCGGUUUCCUUAAAGGCUUUCAGGUCGCGCGAGAUGUUUACUCAUCAGUUUCUUCUCCAUGGCUACCUCGUAUUCUACAGUUCUCCUCCCAGACGGUGCCGUACUCGCCUUUGAAGUGCUGGGCUCACAUCAUCUCGGGCACCACAGGCCCGUGGUGCUCGUAUGUGGGAUGGGCUCCAUAAGGACCGAUUGGGAGAGGCUGAGCACUCGUCUCGCUGAAAAACGUCCAGUGUUGGUUUAUGAUCAUCGGGGAAUGGGCGACUCAUCCUACCGGAGCGACGACGAGAUCACUAUCGAAAUCCUCAGUCGCGACCUUCUCUUCCUUAUCGAAUCUUUGCGAUGGAAAGACGUGUCAAUCUGUGGAUUUUCCAUGGGGGGUGUCAUCGCCCAACAACUUCUGUUGUUACCUUUUCACCCAAACCAACCUACACCGAUUCAUUUCCGAUGUACGCAUUUGUUCCUGGCUGGAACUCGAUCAGUGAUUCUCCAUGACCACCGUCUUGGCCUUCAGUAUUCUAAGCCACCGUGUAACAUGACGCGCACGCCGGCGGAGAAACUUGAGAUAGCCAAAAGGAUGAUUCAGGCCACGUUGGACCCCGUGUGGCUUCAGGAAAAUCCAUCGCGUUUCGCGGCUAUUCUUAAGAGGACCUUAUCUGGCGGGGCUAGACCGCCAGAAUCAAUAGCGCAGCAAGGUGUUGCAUUAAAGUCGUUCGAUUUUGAACAUCAACUUGUCGAUAUGCCUCGCAAUACUAGAAUUUUGGUAGUUCAUGGGCGUCUUGACCAAAUUAUACCAUUUUCAUUCGGAAAGGACAUUACUCAUAUGAUACCGUGGGCAACAAUGGUCUCGGUGGGCUCAAAACCCGGCCAGGUCCCCUCUUACGACUUCGGGCACUAUUGGUAUGAAUACUUUGAUAUACAAGUCUGGGUAGAUGUCGUAGAGAAAUUCUUAAAGAAGUGACGAGACACACUAUAAAUGAAUCAA